CGGCUCAGCGCAGCGCAGCGCCGCGGGAGGGAGGGGCGCGGGCCGAGCGGGGAGAGGGCCCCGCGCUCUGGCCCUUGGCGGGCGCAGCGGGGAUGCCCCAGCCGCCCCCGCGCCUGCCGGCCCGCCCGCCACGCCCACGGCCUCUGGCACCCGGCGCUCGGCUUGGGGUCGCGGGAACUGCAGCUGGAGGCGGGAGCAGCGAGCUAGCGCCCCGGGCGCCCGAAUGCAGGUCCUGCGGAUGCCCGGGACGCGACCCCACGAUUCGGCCGCCCGGACGCGCCCUCGGGUUGGGUGAAACGCUGGGACCCGCAGGAGACGGGUAGACGGGCUGCCUGUGGUCCCUGGUGUCCCCGAACUGCCACCUCCAAAGGCUGCUGCUCUGUGACGAGGCGCGGCCCUGAGGAGGAUGCCCCGGCCACCCACCCGCUCCUGUUGGCACCAUGGGUGACGAGAGGCGGCUGCCUGGCAGCGCUGUGGGCUGGCUGGCGUGCGGGGGCGUCUCCCUGCUGGCCAACGCCUGGGGCAUCCUCAGCGUGGGUGCCAAGCAGAAGAAGUGGAAGCCCCUGGAGUUCCUGCUGUGUACGCUCGCAGCCACCCACAUGCUCAACGUGGCGGUGCCCAUCGCCACCUACGCUGUGGUGCAGCUGCGGCGGCAACGUCCCGACUACGAGUGGAACGAGGGCCUCUGCAAGGUCUUCGUGUCCACCUUCUACACCCUCACCCUGGCCACCUGCUUCUCGGUCACCUCCCUCUCCUACCAUCGCAUGUGGAUGGUCCGCUGGCCUGUCAACUACCGGCUGAGCAACGCCAAGAAGCAGGCAGUGCACACGGUCAUGGGCAUCUGGAUGGUGUCCUUCAUCCUGUCAGCCCUGCCCGCCGUCGGCUGGCAUGACACCAGCGAGCGCUUCUACACCCAUGGCUGCCGUUUCAUUGUGGCUGAGAUCGGCCUGGGCUUUGGGGUCUGCUUCCUGCUGCUGGUGGGCGGCAGCGUGGCCAUGGGCGUGGUGUGCACGGCCAUUGCCCUCUUCCAGACGCUGGCCGUGCAGGGUGGGCACCAAGCCGACCGCCACACCUUCACUGUGCCCACUAUUGUGGUGGAGGACGCCCAGGGCAAGCGCCGCUCCUCCAUCGAUGGCUCGGAGUCGGCCAAGACCUCGCUGCAGAUCACGGGCCUGGUGGCCACCAUCGUGGUCAUCUAUGACUGCUUCAUGGGCUUCCCUGUGCUGGUGGUGAGCUUCAGCAGCCUGCGGGCCGAUGCCUCGGCUCCCUGGAUGGUGCUCUGUGUGCUGUGGUGCUCCGUGACCCAGGCCCUGCUGCUCCCUGUGUUCCUCUGGGCCUGUGACCGCUACCGGGCUGACCUCAAGGCUGUCUGGGAGAAGUGCAUGGCCCUCAUGGCCAACGACGAGGACUCCGAUGAUGAGACCAGCCUGGAGGGUGGUAUCCCUCGGGACCUGGUGAUGGAGCGCCCUCUGGACUACCGAUAUGGAGGUGACUUUGUGGCCCUGGAUAGGAUGACCAAAUACGAGCUCUCUGCCCUGGAGGGGGGUCUGCCCCACCUCUACCCACUGCGGCCCCUACAGGACAAGAUGCAGUACCUGCAGCCGAUCACUGACCCCACCAAGGUUAACCCUGACAACGGUUGUCACCUGCCCCACGUCUCACAGCUCCAAGCAGGCUGCGCCGGCCCCCGACCCGCAGACCACCCCGGCCUCUCCGCAGCGCAGCCCCGGCUAAAGUCCACCGCGUCCUCUCAGGUCCCGCCCACGCGGCGCUCCUCGCACGACGACGCGGAUGCGUGGGCUCUGCCACCGCCGCGCUGGGGCUCCGGCGAGGACCUGGCGGCGCUGGCGCAGCUCGCGCUGCCCCCAGGGCGCCGCGGCAGCCUGCGGGCCUUAGCCGAGGACGCGCCCCCGUUCCGCGCGCGCCGCCGCUCGGCCGAGAGCCUGCUGUCGCUGCCAGCCCCGGACGGCCCCCCGCGCCACGCCGGCGACUCGCCCCCCGGCCCUUCUCGCCGCCGCCCCUCGGGCCCCGGCGCGCGCUCCGCCUCGGCCUCGCUGCUGCCGGACGCCUUCGCGCUCACCGCCUUCGAGCGCGAGCCGCACGUCCUGCGCCGCCCGCCCUCUGCGGCGUCGCCCGGCCACGCCCCCUCCUUCCCGGCGCGCGCCUCACCCGGCCACGCCUCCACGCCCCCCGGCGGCCACGGCGCACAGCGCAGCCCCGGCCCGUCGCGCCAAUGCGCGCGUGCGCACUUUGGCCCGCUGCAGACAGGUCUGAGCGUGUCGUGGGGCGAACCCGGAGGCCUGCAUGAAGCGAUCGUCGGCGGCAGCACCAGCAGCUUCCUGAGCUCACCCUCCGAGUCCUCGGGCUACGUCACGCUGCACUCGGACUCACUGGGGUCUGCGUCGUAGGGCGCAGACACCAGACUGCCCUGUACAGGGUGCACAGCAUCACGGAGGCCGCCUCUGCCCCACUCACCACGUGCAGUGAGGUUCUUCUCGGCCCAGGGGUAAGGAAGCGGGGGCCUCGGCGCUCAGUUUUGGUUCCUCCUGCUACUGUUUCCUAGAGGGAUGGCGCCGGCCCUAGAGGACCACCCUAGGCCUGGACCAGCUGUCACAGAGUCUCCUAGGCAGAGGGAAGCUGGCCUUGGUACUGAGUGGCCUCUGCACACAGGCUGCGCGCUCCGCAGCUGGGCUCAGAUGCAGCAGAGCCCGGGACAGGGCCACCAUCAGAACAAAUCCACCUGCAGCCAGAAGCCGCUAGACUACAGCCACUUUCCUCUGCAACUGUCAUACCCAGGGACCUGGGGUGCAGAGUCUCUUUUAAGCACAGGGUCUUCUGAACCCAAACAUACUCUCCGAGCAGGUCUUCAGGGCUGUGACCUGUUCUGCCUCAGUUUCCCUAUUUGAUGAGCAGGUGACCAUGUUAUCUCAGGGCUGUUGGAAGAAACCUCCCAGUCCGUGUGCUCUGGCCACUGAGUGGACCAGGUGUCAGAGUUACUCUACGACUCUUUUGGGGUCCUUUGUGAAGGUUAGUCUUCAGCAUGUGGUCCCUUCUCAGUGUCCCCUGACCCCCUAGGGACUCACACUCUACCCCAGCUUAGCACAACACGUUUGCACCAUCAUCACCCUGACCAUUUUUAGUGACUCCAGGUUUACUGCCCACCAUCGAUGCCUGUCCUUGACACAGUGGCCACCUUUGUGACUCCAACCACGAAGGCUGUGGGUCCACAGUGCAGAGGAUCAGGGCAAAGGGGGAGUGGGCUUCAUUACAUCUUCCCUACCCCCACCACGCAGUCCUGGCCCCUGUUAAGGGCCACCUGUCACCCAAACAGGACUGCCCUUUGCUGUUCCUCUUGGGCAGAUCUCUUGCAGGCCUAGGCUCUGCCAUGGCCCUGGGUCUUUCCAGGCAAAGGAGAGGCCAGGAAUAGCUGUAAUCUCGAGAUGGAGAAGCCCCACAGACACCACGCAGUGGCCCCUUGAUGUGAAGAGCUGGAGCCAGUGUCGAGUGCAGCUCAGAGCCAUCCUGCAUUCCUUUUCCUCCGCCCUCCAUGUCUAGGUCUAUUGCCUUGCCCUCCAGAUGAUGUUCCAGUUCCAGAGAAAGCCCCACAACUGUAGGCUUCUGUGGGGAAGGGGGGAGGGGCUGAGCUGGUCAUGGGCAAACAGGCAGGGAACUGCGGUCCACCCCAGCAUGGGAGGGGCUGCCUCUGGCCAGUGCUGCUGUGCCUUGACAGGUGUAGAGGCCACCAGCUGGCCACUGUCUCCGCUCUCAAACUGAGUUUUCACCUUGUGUAUUUCAUGCCCAAGGCAAUACUUGCAGGAAGAACACCCCAUCCCCCCAAACCACUCCAGCCCUGGUUUUUACAAGAUUAAGGGGGAGAACCAGAGUCUCUCCCACUCUUCACCAAGUCUCCAGGCCUGUUUUUAAGGAGCUUAGCUGUGGACUUCCUGGGCCGAAGUUUGGUCUGCACCCCACGCCCAGCCCAGAGCCAGGGAUCCGUUUGUAGUUUUUUGACAACCUAGCAUUUCUCUGUAUGAGACCCGAUAAAAACUUUUUGAUUUGCA